CAAACCCUUAGCUGAUCAGCUCUUAUGAGCAAUCCCAUUGAUUUUGGUGGGAUUUAUAUGAAUUAAUAUUACUCACAUAAGAGUUGCAUGAUUGGGCCUUAAACUUGUAUUUGUAUCUAUUAGAAUUGUCUUUUCAUUUUUCCCUCUAAUUUCUUUAUUUAGGAAACAGCUAAAACAUGGCCAAAAUGACUAAUUUGGAAGAAGCUGAAGUACAACUUUCUGAGUUAGACCUACUUUCUAGUAUGUUUCCUGAUGAAGAUGAGUUUAUUGUGACUGACCAGUUGGCUGUAGCAGAACUAAAACAUUAUAUUGAUAAUAAGACAUCAGAGAUCCCAUCUUCAAAAGUUCAGUUUAUACUGAAUGUAAAACAAGAGGUUGCUGAUGCCAAUAUGGUAAUGCUUUCUUUAUCCUGUGCUUUACCACUUAACUACCCAGCUGUUCUACCAGAAAUUACUGUCAGCUCACCAUCAAUAAGCCGAUCACAGCAGAUUCAGCUGAACACAGAUCUAAAAACAUACUUGCAGAGAAACUGCAGUGGUGAGGUCUGUGUAUUAAAUGCAAGAGAAUGGGUUAAAGAUCAUGCAGCUGCUUAUAUCGAUAAGGAGCUUUCAUCUUCCUUAGUGACGACAUUGAGGACUAUGCAGUCAGAAGAUGUCAUUUUCACUAGAUUAUGGAUCUAUAGUCAUCACAUCUACAACAAGCAUAAAAGAAAGAAUAUUGUUGAUUGGUCUAAGGAGCUCGCUCUGUCGGGGUUUAGCAUGCCUGGGAAACCAGGUGUCAUUUGUGUAGAAGGCCCACAGAGUACUUGUGAAGAAUUCUGGUCAAGAGUCAGAAGAUUAACAUGGCGGAGAAUUUUAAUUCGCCAUAGAGAGGAUAUUUCUCUGGAUGGGUCACAUGCUGAGAUGCAGAAACAAAGAAAAUUCUCAUCUUUUGAAGAAAAAGUAUUUGAUGCACAUGGUACCAGAGGAAAUCAUAUGGAUCUGGGGCAGCUCUAUCAUUUUUUAGAUGAAAAGGGUUGUGCUGAUGUUUUUCAGAUGUACUUUGGAGUUGAAGGAUGUUAGAUCAGCAAGGAUCCAAUCAAUGAACUUGAAAAAUUAUGUGACAGUCUUGGAUAAAUUAUU